AUGGCAGUCAGAGUUCACCAUAGAAACUCAAACUCAACUACCGAUGAAGAGAACCCUGACCCAAACCUAAGAUCACCAUCCUUACCAGAAACCCCUGCAAGCAGCGCUACUCGUCCAAUGCUCGAGAAACCCCCACCACCACCAGGAACCUAUGUCGUUCAGCUACCUAAAGAUCAAAUCUACAAAGUACCAUCACCACGCGCCGCCGUUCGUUACGAAAAUUACAGUAUCCGCAAACCUCGCCGCUGCGGUGGUUGUUGUUGCCGAUGCUUCUGCUGCUUCUUCGGAUUCAUCUUAAUCCUUGCCAUUCUCCUCGGUGUUGCCGCCCUUGUCUUCUACUUUGUUGUCAAGCCGCAAACCCCAAGCUAUUCUGUCGAUAAACUCUCCAUCAAAGGCUUCAAUAUGACCCAACUGGCGACUUCCCAGAGCCUCUCCACUGAAUUCGAUGCCACAGUCUCAGCUGAUAACCCUAACACAAAGAUCGGAAUCUAUUAUGAGCCAGAUAGUUCUGUGACGAUUUAUCACUCUAAUGUGAAGCUCAGCAAUGGAUCUGUUCCAGUGUUUUAUCAGCCAACACAGAACGUGACUAAUUUUGUUGUCACAAUGACAGGGACUGUACCAUUGACAUCAACUUUGAGUUCUACUUUGAUUGCAGAACAAAAUGCAGGGAAGAUUCCUUUGGUAUUGAACAUUAAUGUUCCUGCAAAGUUGAAGAUUGGAGCUGUGACGACUUGGGUAUUCACUGUUAAGGUUACCUGCAAUAUUGUGGUGAAUAGUUUAUCUGUAAAUUCGAGCAUUGUAUCGAAGAGCUGUAGUGCUAAAUUGAAUCUAUGAUAGGGGAUAGGGAAAUUGAUUACUUUUGAUAAUACUAUAUACCCUUCAUUUUUUUUUAUCUACCCUUUAUAUUUUGUGAAUUAUUUGUGAUAUAUAUAUACUGAUUAAGAUUUUAUAGACUUACAUGUAUGAUGUAUCGAUGAUGAUGAGAUUAUGAGUAAUAGAUCGA